GAAAGCGAGUGGUACCAGGAGCGUCAAGAACGUGUCACCAACAAAACGUACGAGAGGUUCAUCGAAGAGCAUCUCCGCUUUCUCUUGCCAAACGAAGACUUGUCCUCUAUUGAAGAGAUUAAAGAAAACAUCACUAGCACAGAAACCAAAGUUGUGAACUAUCUCUUGGGCGAGUUUAAAGCUGCAAAUGACCAGCAAGUUUCCCAAUACCUUAUUCGUGUAAUAGACGUACCCAAAUAUCUCAACAACGUCGUUACCACUGACCAAUGGACAGCUAUGGUCGAACGCCACAGUGAACAAGCCUACCGAAUGGACGACCAGUUGGUCCUGGAGCCACUGUGUGCCAGGCUUACGGUGUUCCUACUCACCGAACUAGAGAGCGUCGACGUAGUGCGCCUGAUAUCGUGGAGCGCGGUGCGCCAACUCGUCCCCUACGCUGACGGCAAUGCUCACGGGGGAACGCUGGACGAAAUACGCAAUCUGUGUUACGACGACGUCACCGACGUGCUCGAGGCGGCGCUUACAUCCAAGUACAUCUACAAGGUGGUGACACCUGACGUCCUUCGAGAGGUGAUGUACAUGGGUUUUCGUGUGCGCCAAACUAUACAGAAAACUCUCUCCAGUUCGAGCUGGUUCCCGCCCGACGCCAAGGAUGCUGCCCGGAGGAAGGUGGAAGCGAUGAGGCUGAUCAUUGCGUACCCACUCAACUUGACACACCUCUCUGCGCUGGAGCGCCUUUACGCCGAUUUGCCGGACGUGACCCUAACAGACACCUCUGGAGGCGAACAGGAUGCUCACGGUACCGGCAGCAGCUUCGUCCUUUCGUGGUUGAAUGUGAGCCGGUUCCAGCGCCGCGUUCUAGUACGGAACCCGACUGAGAUCUUCUUCACAUUGAGCUCGGUGAACGCACAGCACACCUACUCCACCAACACCGUCAACCUGGCGGGUGCGGUACUGCAGCCAGUGGUUUAUUACCACGGUGCACCCGCCGGGUACAACUACGGAGGCCUUGGACAGGCGCUCAGGAAGCGCGCGCUGGCGCUGGAUCCGAAGCUGGACUCGGAAGACCUGGCCGACGUCAUGGGUUCGCGCGUGGCCUUCGACGCCCUUCGGAAACUCACCACGGCGUUCGACUUCUCGUCGCGCGCGGCUCAGGAGAAGGGGACCAGUGGCAUGGUGGCGGGCUUCACGGAACUCCAACUGUUCUUCCUCGGCCACUGCGCCAAGAUGUGCGACCCUAAGGUGCCACCGCGCGAGCGGGACAAAACCGAGACCUACGCUCCGAACUGGGCCCGUUGCGUGGUGCCGCUGAUGAACAUGCCAGAGUUCGCGGAAGCCUUCCAGUGCGAAAGUGGCACUUUUAUGAACCCCGAGAAUAGGUGCCGAUUCUGGUAG